AUGGCGGUAGACUCGAUUGGUGACCAGGCUGAACGUGAGGCGCAACAAUCAAUAAGCCCUGACGACGUGAUCAUUGUCAUUAUGGGUAUGACGGGAGCGGGGAAAUCAUCCUUUAUUGCACACUGCACUCAAUAUAAUCCUCCAUACCUCAGGCAAGAACUACGUUCGUGUACUACGCAAGUUUCCGUUCAUACGAUUCAGAUGGCAGAACGGACAGUGCAUCUAAUUGACACUCCUGGCUUCAACGACUCGUUGCGGUCCGAUGGAGAAACAUUCCAAGAACUUGCAUACUGGCUUGCAGCGGCUCAUGAGAAUAAGCUGAAGUUGAGCGGAAUCGUCUAUCUCCAUCGAAUCACAGACACACGCAUGCAUGGCUCAGCUCACAGAGCCCUUGAGACUUUCAAGGCCAUCUGUGGAGCGCAGGGCUUUCGAGGGGUUGUUGUAGCAACAACGAUGUGGGACGGACUCGUCGGUUAUGAAAUCCAGAAAGCACACGCUCGGCAGGAGCAGUCAACGAUGACACUGGCGCUUCAAACCGAGCAUGUCGAUCAAGGCCUUCAACUACAUAGGACAGAAGCCGGGAGGAUUAUUUAUGACAACUUUCGCACGUUUCUCGAUCUGGAGAAACUCUCGGCUGACGAAGCUGGAAGCAAUACGGCGAAGGUUCUUGAGCCCUUACAUGCCACUCGACAAGAAGUACGGGCUGCCUGGAGCGCACGAAUCAGGCAAGAGGACGCCGCCUUAGAAUGCAUUCAGCAAAAAUCCGAAGAGCAUGCAUCACUAUGGCAUCUACCAUGCCACUGCUCGUGCUUGGUCGGAUUAUCGUCAGCAGCUCGAAGCUCGCAAGGGUCCUCCUCCACGUCAGCUGCCUCAGAGAUACUCAGCAACCACCCCAAGCGAACACAGGUUAAUAGCUGGGUAGACCAGGAGUCGAAGUGUGAGUCCUUAAGGCUUCAACAGGAAGUCGUUGUGUACAGACGAAGACAUAAAUUGGACCGAAGGCACAUUGCCCAUGGACGUACUACAACAAUUGGUAUCGCAGGAACUGGUUUAGCCGUUGCGCAGCUUGCCGCCGCCAUAGCCUGUAACGUCAUGUAA